GUCCUCCUCGUCACAUUGCACAACCCGAGGAGCACGCCGUGUCCCUGGCAAGACUUCACCCGGCACCUGGCUGUGACCCGAUUCAUCAGAUCACAGAAAUAUCUCCUAAUUAUACAUUCCGAUCCUGAGGAACGUUAAUCACCCGCUUCUCAUCAGAAUGGCACGGCAAUGAGAAUAUAGAUUGGGAUCGGCGCAGUCACCAGCCAGGUCAGCUGAGAGAGCCGAGAUGAGCAGAUCCCAGGAGGACAGAUCCCCCGCAAACAGGUCCCAUGGAUUAUUCCACAUGGACAUCUUCAGGGAGAACACAUCCCACGUGAGUAGAUCCCCAGACCACGGAUCCCAUGGAAUAUUCCGCAGAGAAAACACUUACCACAUCAGCAGAUCCUCUGGGAAUGGAUCCAGUCUGAGCAGAUCCCUGGAGAAAGAGGGCAAACCAAAUGGACCCAGCAGGAGCGUAUCCCAGGGGUCUUCAUCCCAGGAGAGCCGAUCCCAGGGGUCUCUAUCCCAGGAGAGCCGAUCCCAGGGGUCUCCAUCCCAGGAGAGCCGAUCCCAGGUGGUGUCUCCAUCCCAGGAGAGCAGAUCCCAGGUGUCUCCAUCCCAGGUGUCUAUAUCCCAGGAGAGCAAAUCCCAGUUGUCUCCAUCCCAGGAGAGCAGAUCCCAGGUGGUGUCUAUAUCCCAGGAGAGCAGAUCCCAGGUGGUGUCUCCAUCCCAGGAGAGCAUAUUCCAGUUGUCUCCAUCCCAGGAGAACCGAUCCCAGUUGUCUCCAUUCCAGGAGAACCGAUCCCAGGGGUCUCCAUCCCAGGAGAGCCGAUCCCAGGGGUCUCCAUCCCAGGAGAGCCGUUCCCGGGUGUCUCCAUCCCAGGAGAGCCGUUCCCGGGUGUCUCCAUCCCAGGAGAGCCGUUCCCGGGUGUCUCCAUCCCAGGAGAGCCGAUCCCAGGGGUCUCCAUCCCAGGAGAGCAGAUCCCAGGUGUCUCCAUCCCAGGAGAGAAGAUCCCAGGUGUCUCCAUCCCAGGAGAGAAGAUCCCAGGUGUCUCCAUCCCAGGAGAGAAGAUCCCAGGUGUCUCCAUCCCAGGAGAGAAGAUCCCAGGUGUCUCCAUCCCAGGAGAGCCGAUCCCAGGGGUCUCCAUCCCAGGAGAGCCGUUCCCGGGUGUCUCCAUCCCAGGAGAGCAGAUCCCAGGUGUCUCCAUCUCAGGUGUCUCCAUCUCAGGUGUCUACAUCCCAGGAGAACAGAUCCCAAGGGUCUCAAUUCCAGGGAAUAUUUCACAUGGACAUAUUCAGGCAGAACACCUACCACUUUGGCAGAUCCCCAGUGAAUGGAGGCAAACUGAAUGGGCCCAGUGAGAGCAGAUCCCAGGGGAGCAGAUCCCAGGGGUCUCCAUCCCAGGAGAACAGAUCCCAGGGGUCUCCAUCCCAGGAGAACAGAUCCCAGGGGUCUCCAUCCCAGGAGAACAGAUCCCAGGGGCCUCCAUCCCAGGAGAGCCGAUCCCAGGGAAUAUUUCACAUGGACAUAUUCAGGCAGAACCCGUACCACAUGAAGAGAUCUCUAGGGAAUGGAUCCAACCUCAGCAGAUCCCUAGAGAAAGGAGGCAAACUGAAUGGAUCCAGGGAGAGCAGAUCCCAAGAGUCUCCAUCCCAUGAGAAGAGAUUCAAGGCUGGUGAGAAAAUUUGGCAGAUGAACAAGUCCAUCCUGAUUGGUCCUCAGGAGAAGCGUCCCGGUGAUGUAAGACCUCAGGUGAAAGGAUCCAUUGAGAUGUGGUCCGGUGUGGACAGAUCCCCAAGCUGUGGAUCCGUGGGGUGCAGGUCCCCGAACUCGGACCUGUUUGAAAUGAUUGAAAAGAUGCAGGGCUGCAGAAUGGAUGAACAGAGAUACUCGAUGCCUCCACCUCUGAAGACAGAGGAGGACUACAUCCCCUACCCCAGUGUCCAUGAGGUCCUGGGCCGGGAGGGGCCCUUCCCUCUUAUCCUACUGCCGCAAUUUGGGGGUUACUGGAUCGAAGGGACCAAUCACGAUCGCUCCUCGUUGCUGGAUCCCGAGAACGUUCAGUCUCCCGGCGGGAAGGUGAAGCUGGAAAGUAACCACAUGGCACGCCUGUACCGCAAACACUUCCUAGGGAAGGAACAUUUCAAUUAUUACUCGGUGGAUUCGGCUCUGGGUCACCUCGUCUUCUCCAUGAAGUAUGAUGUCAUCGGAGACCAGGAACACCUCCGCCUGCUGCUCCGGACGAAGUCCCAGACGUACCACGACGUCAUCCCCAUCUCCUGCCUGACCGAGUUCCCCAAUGUGGUGCAGAUGGCCAAGCUGGUGUGUGAAGAUGUGAACGUGGAUCGAUUUCACCCCGUCCUCUACCCGAAGGCGUCGCGUCUCAUCGUCACGUUUGAUGAACACGUCAUCAGCGAACACUUUAAAUUUGGAGUCGUCUACCAGAAACCGGGACAGACGACAGAAGAGGAAAUAUUCAGCACCACUGAUGAGAGUCCAGCCUUUGCGGAGUUCCUGGAGCUGCUGGGGGAGCGGGUUCUCCUGCAGGACUUUAAAGGUUUCCGGGGAGGUUUGGACGUCGCUCAUGGACAGACAGGAACAGAAUCCAUCUACUGCAACUUCCAUGGGAAGGAGAUCAUGUUCCACGUGUCCACCAAGCUGCCAUACACGGAGGGGGACGCCCAGCAGCUGCAGAGAAAGCGGCACAUCGGGAACGACAUCGUAGCCAUAGUCUUCCAGGACGAGAACACGCCCUUCGUCCCCGACAUGAUCGCCUCCAACUUCCUGCACGCCUACAUCGUGGUGCAAGUGGAGGAGCCCGGCACCGCCAACGCUGUGUACAAGGUCUCGGUGACGGCUCGGGACGACGUGCCUUUCUUCGGUCCAUCCCUCCCCGAGCCGGCGGUUUUCCGGAAGGGGUCGGAGUUCCAGGAAUUCCUCCUGACGAAGCUGAUCAACGCGGAGUACGCCUGUUAUAAAGCCGAGAAGUUCGCCAAGCUGGAGGAGCGCACGCGGGUAGCGUUGCUGGAGACUCUCUACGAGGAGCUUCACAUUAACAGCCAAUCCAUGAUGGGCCUGUGCGGGGAUGAUGACAAGAUGGAGAACGGAGGGGGAGGAGGAGGCGGAUUCUUCGAGUCCUUUAAGCGCGUUAUCAGGAGCCGCAGCCAAUCCAUGGACGCCAUGGGGCUCAGCAAUAAGAAGCAGAACACCGUCUCCACCAGUCACAGCGGCAGCUUCGGACACAACAACCCUGAGAUGCCCAAACCUCCGGGAAUAUCGUUGCUUGUGCCAGGGAAAACGCCCAACCGGCAUGGACGCCGCGGAAGUGCCAUAGGCAUAGGAACCAUAGAAGAGUCGCUCAUCGUUCCGGGAAAAAGUCCCACCAGGAAGAAGUCCGGACCGUUCAGCUCCAGGCGGAGCAGCGCCAUCGGCAUAGAGAACAUCCUGGAGGUCCAGGAGAAGAGGGAAAGCCCAACAGGGCCCCAGAAGACCCCGGACAGCGGCCACGCCUCCCAGGAGCCCAAAUCCGACGAAUCCUCCAAUCACAGCUCCCCGGAGUUGCCGACCACCAAGAACAGGAUGGAAUCCGUUUCCCGGGUGGAAAACCAGCGAGAUUUCUCCCGCUCCUCGUCCAGCGCCAGCAGCUUCGCCAGCGUAGUGGAAGAGAGCGAGCUGCUGGAUGACGAGGACGACGACGGGAUGGAAAGUGUUUCGGCUUCGGGAAACUCCCACAAGCGAGAUUCCCUCAUAUACAGCACAUGGUUGGAGGACAGCGGCAGCAGCGUCAGCACCGCCAGCGGAGCCAGCUCAUCAGGGUUCCCGCGCUCCCCGCAGCCGGAUGUCAGGAAAGUGGGCGGAGACUCCUAUCCAGAGAUUAAAAUCCAGAUGGAAGGGGCGGAACACACAGCCAGUCAGAGACCUCAGCGCAGACAGAAGUUGAAGGAUUUGCACCAAUCUCCAGCCUUCGAUUCAGCCAAGUGAGAUCGACUUACCGGCCCUCCUCCUGCCCCGCCGCCUUGGAUGACCACCGAGGAUCCCGACUCCCCUCAGAGGAGUUCUUUACACCACGAAAAAAAACACUCGACUAACACGGCGCUUGGUUUUCCGAUCAAGGCGCCGCUGCACCAGACCUCCGGCGACGUCUCCCGACCGGCAGUCUGAGGACUUGUGACGACGCAAAAUUUUGGAGAAGCUGCUGAGAGUCGGCGACAUUCCGACAUUAUUUUUGGGAAACUCGUGAAGACGGGAAGUCUUUGGGUAAUCCCGUUCCACAGGAAGGUGCGACGAUCGGAUCUGACUGUAGUUCAGACGCGGAGAACGCCGCGUAUUGUAUAUACAGCGCCGGAACUUUUUAUCUCAGGAUUUCCAGCCAUGCACAAAGUCCCGCCCCUGCGGAGCGGACUGGAGGCUCCUCGGCCAUACAAAGUUUGCUGUAUAUGGAUCCGUCUCCCUGGCAUGUCCUUGUCACGGUAACAUGUCUUCGUAUGUUCUUUAUGGUCACCGUACACCCUCCCACGCGGUACUAAGAGACCUCCCCCUCCGUACAGUCACCGUACACUCUCCCACGCGGUACUACAAAACCUCCCCCUCUGUAAGUCACCGUACACACUCCCAUGCGGUACUACGAGAUCUCCUCCCUCUAUAUUGGUCACCGUACACCCUCCCACGCGGAACUACGAGACCUCCCCCCUCUGUACGGCCAUCGUACACCCUCCCACGCAGUACUACGAGACCUCCCCCUCUGUACAGUCACCGUACACCCUCCCACGCGGUACUACGAGAUCUCCCCCUCUGUACGGUCACCGUACACCCUCCCACGCGGUACUACGAGAUCGCCUUCUCUGUACACCCCUCCCACGCGGUACUACGAGAUCACCUUCUCUGUACACCCCUCCCAUGCGGUACUACGAGAUCUCCUCCCUCUAUAUUGCUCACCGUACACCCUCCCACGCAGUACUACGAGACCUCCCCCUCUGUACAGUCACCGUAAACCCUCCCACGCGGUACUACGAGAUCUCCCCCUCUGUACGGUCACCGUACACCCUCCCACGCGGUACUACGAGAUCUCCUCCCUCUAUAUUGCUCACCGUACACCCUCCCACGCAGUACUACGAGACCUCCCCCUCUAUAUUGCUCACCGUACACCCUCCCACGCAGUACUACGAGAUCUCCUCCCUCUAUAUUGCUCACCGUACACCCUCCCACGCAGUACUACGAGACCUCCCCCUCUGUACAGUCACCGUAAACCCUCCCACGCGGUACUACGAGAUCUCCCCCUCUGUACGGUCACCGUACACCCUCCCACGCGGUACUACGAGACCUCCCCCCUCUGUACGGUCAUCGUACACCCUCCCACGCAGUACUACGAGACCUCCCCCUCUGUACAGUCACUGUAAACCCUCCCACGCGG